AUGCUCCCAGGGAGGGGCCUGCCAGGGCCUGCCCAGAGCUGGAGGAGCCGCAAGGAGCCGCUGGAGUGCCAAGACGUGGUGGUCCAGAAUGCCCUGUACACAGGGGAUCUGCAGCAGGUGCAGCGGCUCUUCUCGGAGCGAGCCAAAGUCAACCUCGUCAUUCCAGCCAGGAGCCACGACCUGCGCUGGACCAGCCAGAAAUGGGGACUCUGGUCACUGACCUACGAGGAAGAGCUCACCAGCCCUCUCCACAUCACAGCGAGCCGUGGCUACGUGGACUGCCUGCGCCACCUGCUGCUGCGGGGGGCAGACGUGGAGCUCGCUCCCGGGGGCCAGACAGCCCUGCAUGUGGCCUGCACAGCUGCCCAGGCGGACUGCGUCAGACUCCUGCUGUCCUUCGGCGCUGACCCAGAGGCGGUCUCUGAAGAUGGGCGGAAGCCCCUGCACCUGUGCCAGAGCCCAGACUCCCUCCAGUGCGCACGGCUCUUACUGUGCCACGGAGCUCACGUGGACAGCACCACCGAGGAGGAGGAGGACACCCCCCUGCACGUGGUGGCUCGGCUGGGCCUGGGGGAGCACGUCCGCCUCUUCCUGAGCUAUGGGGCCCGCCUGGAGGCCAGGAACGCAGAGGGGCAGACGCCACUGAACGCCGCCUGUGCCCAGCCUCACCCUGCCCAGGCCACGGAGGACUACUUCCAGGUGUGCCAGCAGCUGGUGGCCGCCGGUGCCCAGGUGAACACCACUGACCUUGACCGCCAGCGCCCACUCCACCAGGCCUGCAAGAAUGCCAACCCCCGCGUGGUAGAGCUUCUCCUCUCCCACGGCGCCAACGUCAACAUCAUGAGCUACAGCGGCAACAUGGCCAUGCACAACAUCCUGCAGGUGGCGGCCUACCGACUGGAGCACCAGCCCGAGGAGGUGGUGCGGGGCCUGCUCAACUACGGGGCAGUGCGCAUCUGGCCAGGAGCCCUUCUCAAGGUGCUUCGCCACUGCUGUGCCUCCCCCCGCACCAUCGAGGCCCUGGUCAACACUUACGAGCAUGUCCGCGUCACGGAGGAGUGGGCAGAAGCCGUCCCAGCUGAGCUGCUGCAGGAGCACCCUCAGUUUUUCCAGUCCCUCUUCUCCCUGGGCCAGAGUCCCCGCUCCCUGAAGCACCUGGCUCGGUGUGCCCUGCGGAGCGCCCUUGAUGGGCGUCUUCUCCAGGCCUUGCCCGAGCUGGGCCUGCCACCCCCCCUGCAACAGUUCCUGCUGCUCCGCUUCGAGGAAGUGCUGUACUAGAGACAAGCCCCGGCCC